AAAACUUCCUGGCCUGGGCUACCGGCGGCUGUGUCUACCAACUCUUCAGUCCCGCCUACCGGUGCCCAGCGCUUACCCUCCUCUCCCCCGGCUCCCUCCGGGUCCGCCAUGGCCAAAGCCUACGACCACCUCUUCAAGUUGCUGCUGAUCGGGGACUCGGGGGUGGGCAAGACUUGUCUGAUCAUUCGCUUUGCAGAGGACAACUUCAACAGCACUUACAUCUCCACCAUCGGGAUUGAUUUCAAGAUCCGCACUGUGGAUAUAGAGGGGAAGAAGAUCAAACUGCAAGUCUGGGACACAGCUGGCCAAGAGCGAUUCAAGACGAUAACUACUGCCUAUUACCGUGGAGCCAUGGGCAUUAUUCUAGUAUACGACAUCACUGAUGAGAAAUCCUUUGAGAAUAUUCAGAACUGGAUGAAGAGCAUCAAAGAGAAUGCCUCAGCUGGGGUGGAGCGCCUCCUGCUGGGAAACAAGUGUGACAUGGAGGCCAAGAGGAAGGUACAGAAGGAGCAGGCAGAUAAGUUGGCUCGGGAGCACGGAAUCCGAUUUUUUGAGACUAGUGCCAAGUCCAGUAUGAAUGUGGACGAGGCUUUCAGUUCCCUGGCCCGGGAUAUCUUGCUGAAGUCAAGAAGCCGGAGAUCGGAAAACAGCAGCAAGCCCUCCAACACUGACCUGAAAACUUGCGACAAAAAGAACACCAAGUGCUCCCUGGGCUGAGGACCCCUUUCUGCCUCCCUACCCUAAGCCUGGAGGUUGAACCUGAGGGAAGCAGGGCUCAGGGCUGAAUGGGGGAGAGAUAGCAGGUGGGGCUUGGAGAGAUAAAGAUGGGUGGAUGGUGAAAGAAUGGGGAGAAAAUGGAGAAGAAAAAAAGGAAAGUGAGAGAGGAAAGAGGAAAAGAAGAAAAGGAGGUAGAAUAGAGAGGGAAGAAGCAAUAAGGGAAAGAUUGAGGAAGUAAAAAAAGGUAAGAAGGAGUAGGAAAAGAGGGAGGAGAAAAGGAAGGAUAGAUAACCCUGGGCCUCAGACCUUCCCUGGGUUUCCAGGGCAAACAUAAAUGUAAAUAAAUAAUUGAUUUAUUUUGUUACUGGAUCAGGUUUUAGGGUCCUGUGAGAGACUGGCUCAGCACCAUCCCCUGAAAGUGUGGCCCUAUUCUGUCACUCUGCAUGGUCUUUCUCACUAUUAAAGACCUCCAUUUGCACAAAUGUCCCUAGUUUGGGUAACUCAUCAUUGUCGGAAUUGCUUUUUACUCCUAAACCUAAUUCCUACCUCUGAGGUAGUUCGGCUGCCUGAACCUGGCUGGGUUCCUGUGAUGGCAGGACUACUCCUACCGCUUUCUCCCUUCUCCAGCUGUUUCACUGACUAGGAAAACAGCAAGGAGCAGAGGUUCUCUGAACUUGAAUGUGUGGACGGACAUAGUUUGG